AUGACCGCGUCGAGAUCGAUAACCCUCGCCGAGGUCGAGCAACACGUCGCGCACGGUGACCUAUGGCUCGUCAUCGACGGUAACGUGUACGACGUGAGCGAAUACAUGGAUGAUCAUCCCGGCGGCGGCGAGAUCAUGUUAAACGCCGCCGGUAAGGACGGCACGGACGAUUUCGAGGACGUUGGACACUCCCCGGGGGCGCGAGAACAACUGAAAAAGUUCCUCAUCGGAACGUACGCGGGCGGGGAGUCGACGGUGAAGAAUAAGAGCGAGAAGGGGAAGAACGCGCUGACGACGGGCGGCGGAAGCGGAGCGAUGACCGUGUUGUUGCCGUUGAUCGUGGUUUUGUUGGCCGUUCUCGCGGCGAUGAUCGGGAAGAAGUGA